AUGCUUCCGAACGAAGACGACCUGGGAACAGUUUUGCACACUGCAGUGUCAGCUGCCCUGGGCAAAAAGGCAACUGAAGAGGAAGUGUUGGAGUCCAUGGAGCGGUCUUUGGAGUGGCGCGCUGGAGACACAGCAGCUGAAGACUACAUGGCCCUGUGUCAGAGUGGUGCGCUGGAUGAAAUGGUAGGGACAGAUCGCGAUGACGAGAUCGAUGAGGAUGCUGCGGAACAACAAGAGAGAGUCCAUGCAAGGGUCAAAGUGGCGAAGUCCAUCACUUCAAAGGUCCGAAAAAUUCGCAAGAAGACACAUGGCAAAGCGUCUGAGUCAACCUCUGGCAGAAGAAAGCCCAUCUCAUUCGAAUCCUCAGAGUCAUGGACAGCUGAAAGGGUCACAAAGUACCUGCCGCAUCCCAAGUUUGGUUACAGAGCCAUGAAAGACUACUUCAACAAAUGCUUCAGAGUCAUAGCAUCGCGUCAGCGCUGGAGUGCCAGCAAAAGCUGGGGGGCUACAGGUCGGGACAGUGUCGCUGUGAAGAUUCUCCUUGAAAGGACCUGGGAGCGUCAUUGCUCCCUUCACCCUGAAGAGACCUGCUCCUGGUCCUUUGGAGACGUGUGCGUUGAGUGA